ACUACAUCCGCAGCAGACGUUGCCAUGGGCAACCAAAGCGAGACGCUUUUUACUCGCGCAGGAAGCUACACAGCGACAUCUGAAGUAACGGUCCUUGUCUUACUAUUUUCAAGUUUUACCUAAAAUAGUUAUAAUUAUUUCGAAUAAGCCGGUAGUGUGUUUUAGGGGCCAUGGCGGUGUACUUUGACCACCGCAUCGAGGCCCCAGAAAGCAGCGAUGCUCCCUGUCAGUUAACAUGGCAUUCCACUCUUCCUGUUCUGGCUGUGGCAUCCAAAAGUCCUUCAUCUGGAGGGAAUGUAGAUCUCUAUCUGCAGCAGGGAGAACAUGUGGAGAACUGUCAUGUAGAGCGUCCCCAUCAGCCCAUGGUGCUCCACUGGCAUCCACUAAAGCCGGUUUUGGCUCUGGGAUGGGAGAACGGUGAAGUUGUGCUGCUCAUGCACCCGUCUGGAGAUCAGACAGUUCUACCCGGUCUACACACAGCUUCUAUCACGCUGCUGGAAUGGAGUAGUUCUGGUAGCCGCCUGGUAACAGGCGAUCAGACUGGAGUUUUAGCUGUUUGGAAAGUAGACGCCAGAGGAAGACUUCAGGGAAACCAUUUAGUGAAGCAUGAAUACAACAAACCUUUGACCUGCUGCAUCUUCAGACCAGCCUCGCCUGGAAUCGAUGUGGCAAUGCUUGCUCGAGCAUCAGUGAGCGGCGAUGAGAACGCUCUGGACAUGUUCAGCUGGAAGGGAGCCCCUCUGAAAAUGGGACCCCAGGAGGGACUUGUGUUCUACGUCGGCUCUGCUGAUGGGAAAGUCCACAGCGUGGAUGAACACGGUAAAACCAGCACACUUCUCCGUGUUGACGGCUCCAUCAAAACACUUUUCUUUGUGAAGAAGAGAGAAGUCCUGGCAGUGAUCACAGACACGCUCAUGCUGUUUCAGUACAAUCUUGUAGCAGAGGGCGAAGCACAGGAAUUUAUGAAGGCUAAGCUGAGCAGUAAGCCCGGGCAGAAUGUGGAUGUUGUUUGGACAGAAAACAACCUCCUCAUUACAGCAUCGGGGGAACCCACCAUCAGGUUGUGGGACUUGGAGAGAGAUGACAACUACAUUUUGUCUCUUGAUGAGACGUUGGGAUUCGAUCGGGGCGAGCUGAUCAAUUGUAUGUCAUACUGUUCAACAAAAGAAAUUCUGGCUGCUGGUACCGCUAAUGGACGCAUAGCAAUGUGGAAGAUGAUCAGCAGCAGAUCAGAUGCCAAGACUCAGUGGAAAUUACAGACACCCACUGAAAUAGAGGGAAAUGUAACACAGCUUCAGUGGGGCUGCAGCUUGAAUCUUCUGGCUGCAAACAACUCUAAGACGGUGUUAAUCCUCUGCGAGCAUCUGAUGUCCGCCCACUUCAGCCAGCAGGUGGCAGCAGUGCAGCUCACCCCAACACAGCUCAGCAUCGCUAACUUUAGCACAGGGGUGCACCUCGCUCUCCAGUCUGAUAUGCACAUCAAAGGAGUUUGUGUUACCAAGGACUCUGUAAUAGUCUGGAAUGGUAAAUUAGUCAACGUGUAUGAGCUUUCAGGGACAGCUUUGCACAAUACAGGAUCCUUUCUUUGCGAUUCCCAUGUGGUAGCCGUGCAUGAUGAGAACCUCUACACAGUAGAACCAAACAAGGUGCAAAUCCGAACACCACAGGGCACAGUAAAGCAGCAUUUAUAUUUCUCCAAGGCAGAGGGGAACCCUGUUCUACUGGACGUGUGCCAGUCCUACCUGGUGGUGGGUACAGACACGGCACACAUCCAAGUUUUUGACCUUUCCAGAAGAGAUGCCAAAGCGCAUUGCAAGACUAAGAACUUGGCAGACCACAUUGCUAAUCUGGGCGCCCUGCGGUCAGUCAAGUGUAACGCCAGUGGCUCCUACAUCAGCAUCUUAAUCUCUCAGGUUAACGGACGACUCGACCACAAGGUGUACUUCUAUGACAUUGAGAUGGACACUCUGACACACUUUGACUUCUUUACUGGCAGACCUUCCAGCAGUGUCUCACAACCAGAAGAAAGUGAAAAAGAGGAGUCUUCUGAAAGUGAACUCAGUGGCCGCUCCCCUGUAUCUCACUUCUGGGACGAGAGUGAGCCUCGCCUUUUUGUGUGUGAGACCGUACCAGUCAGCUCGGAAACCUCAUCAGAACCUUUCUUGGAUAUGGUGGACGUGUCAGUCGUGACACUGUUUUGUACUCAGGAGUACGGGCUCCUUCUUCACGAUUACUACCUGAAACCUUCCGGCCUGCAGGCCCUCCUCGCUCUGGAUGUGCCUUACUAUUAUUUCAGCUGCAAGCCUGGUGAGAAAGAUGUAGGCUCAACUGAGGCCUUAAAAUCCGAGCCCUCUCAGUUCCCUCAUAUGGUGUCCAGACGAGCUCUGAGAGACUUUGUGGGUCUGGAGAGCUGUGAAAAGGCCACUCGGGAUGCCAUGCUCAACUUCAGCUUCUACCUGACCAUCGGUGACAUGGACAAGGCCUUUAAGUCAAUCAAGCUCAUUAAAAGUAAAGCAGUGUGGGAAAACAUGGCAAGGAUGUGUGUGAAAACCCGCCGGCUGGAUGUAGCGCAUGUGUGCCUUGGGAAUAUGGGGAAUGCAAGGGCAGCGAAAGCACUGAGAGAGGCGAAGGCUGAGCCAGAACCAGAGGCCCAAGUCGCAAUGUUGGCCAUUCAGCUGGGCAUGCUGGAAGAUGCAGAAAAGUUGUACAAGAGCUGUCAGCGCUUUGACCUGCUGAAUACUUUUUACCAGACCUCUGGCCAAUGGCAGCAGGCUCUGGAGACGGCUGAAGUUCAGGAUCGCAUCCAUCUGCGCUCGACCUACUACAAUUAUGCCAAAUAUUCUGAGUCCAUGGGUGACCAAAUCCAGGCAAUCACUUUCUACGAGAAGUCAGACACACACAGGGUUGAGGUGCCCAGAAUGCUCCAGGAUGACACUCCAUCUUUAGAGGUUUAUGUUAGCAAAACGAAGGACAAGAGCAUCUAUAAGUGGUGGGCCCAAUACCAGGAGAGCCAGUCAAAAAUGGACGCAGCGCUGCACUUCUAUGAGCGCGCUCAGGACUACCUCUCUCUGGUCCGGGUCUAUUGUUACAUGGGGAACAUUCAAGAGGCAUCUCAGAUAGCAAAUGAAACAGGUGACAGAGCAGCUUCGUACCACCUGGCCAGACACUAUGAGAGCCACGAAGACCUCAAACAAGCAGUCCAUUUUUACACAAGAGCCCAGGCCUACAAUAACGCCAUACGACUUUGUAAGGAGAACGGUUUGGAUGACCAGCUGAUGAACUUGGCUCUGCUCAGUAACCCAGAGGACAUGAUGGAGGCUGCUCGCUAUUAUGAGGAGAAAGGCAGCCACCUGGACCGAGCGGUGGUGCUCUACCACAAGGGUGGUCAUGUCUCCAAAGCUCUAGAGCUCGCAUUUUCUACAGAGCAAUUCGCCGCCCUUCAACUCAUUGCAGAAGACCUGAAUGAAAACUCCGACCCCGCCCUUCUAGCUCGCUGCUCAGACUUCUUCGUCUCACACUCCCAAAACGAAAAAGCACUGGAGCUACUAGUCGCAGCCAAGAAGUACCAUCAGGCCCUGGAGCUGUGUGUGACCCACAACCUGACCAUCACGAAUGAUCUGGCUGAGAGAAUGACAGUGACUGAUUCAAAGGAUCUAUCCAGAGAGGCCCGCAAUGAGCUCCUGGAGAGGAUCGCUGACUGCUGCAUGCGGCAGGGCAGCUAUCACAUGGCGGCGAAAAAAUACUCACAAGCAGAAAAUACAGUCAAGGCGAUGAAGGCACUCCUGAAGUCAGGCGACACAGAAAAGAUUAUUUUCUUUGCAAAUCGCUGUCGCCAGAAAGAGCUUUUCAUCAUGGCAGCUAACUAUCUCCAAUCGCUGGCCUGGCAUGAAGACCCUCAGAUCCUAAAGACCAUAAUCCAUUUCUACACCAAAGGAAAAGCAUUAGCUCUCCUCGCUGGCUUCUACGAAGCCUGCGCUCAGGUGGAGAUUGACGAUUACCAAAACUAUGAAAAGGCUCUGGAUGCUUUGACAGAAGCUUUUAAGUGUCUUUCUAAAGCCAAAGACGCUUCAGGAGGACAGCAGGCAGCGAGAUUAGCCGACCUGCAGCAUAAAAUCACUCUCAUCAAGAAGUUCAUCCACAUCCAAAGGUUGUAUUCUGAAGAUCCCCAGGAGGCGGCGCUCUUAUGUGAAGCUUUGCUGCAGGAGCCAAAGUUAGACCCCCCCAUCAGGAUUGGGGACGCAUUCGGGUUCCUGAUCAAUCACCACUGUCAGAAAGGCAACUUGGAAGCGGCCUAUCACAAGCUAGAAGAGCUCCAGAAGCUUCUGCCGACUCAGAACAUCACAUGCUACAUCAGCCAGGCUAGUUUACAGGCUCUGCACUCAAAGAUGGAGGUAUUUAAAGGUCGUGGUGGCAGAGCUGGUGUAACGGAGGAGGAUGAAGUAGAGGAGGACCUUUAGUUCAGUUUACUGUAGUUUAAAAACAUGCACAAAAAUGGCUGCAAAAAAACAUCCGACCAUAACACAGUGGAGAAUAUGCAAACACUAAAUUAAAAUCUGUUUUGCCCUGAAGGUCAAAUUUAUUCUGAUGUGUGAUUUUAUCAGAUCAGAAGCUUGAUGUAAAUAUCCAAUAUUUCCCAUUAAUAUUUGUGCCGCUGGGAAGUAUUUUUUACUGAAAUAUUUUAAUAAACUUUAAGAAUGCAACACUUACUGUAUCUUUACAUUAAAAUGUUUUAUCAAAAAC